AUGACAAUAAUAGGUAAAGUUGAAAGUGAUGCGUUAUUGUCCUGCCGAGAUUUAAUCGUUCGUCUGUCACCAUCAUAUAAAGUUGUUCGAUUGGAAUUAGCAGAUCUUGCUUUUAUCUCCCGUGCUUAUAAUCCUUCCAGUUCAUUGAAACCAUUGAUUACUAUACCUGGUCGACCAACCUAUGCCGAUGUUGUUUGUGGUCGUGUUGCCUCUGCUACCCAAUAA